UUAGAGUGGCACACUGACAUUUUCCAGAGAGCAAAGUUAGUGAGUACACACAGCUCUGAGUAAUGAGCUUUGCCAAUUUAUUGAGGUACUUGGUAGGCAGUCGCUAAGUGCACCGCCAGAAAAGCUGUCAGCUCCUUCUUGCCCAGGGGAAAGUAUUAGAUUCCUGUCCUUAGACUGUGUGUAGUCAUUGUCUAAUAAUAUGAGACCAUUUCCCCACCAUUAUCACCUCCCCCCAGCAAAUAAGGCUGUAGCUGCUGCCUGAUUGGUAUAUCAUCUCACUUUCCCUGGGCAUUGAUUUUUUUCUCUUGCUCUCCUUUUAUUUGCUUCAUAAAAACAGGACAAGGAGCUACUGCAGGCUACCGAAGAGCUUUUUGGGUGCCUUUAUUUUUAGCAUGAGCCAACCUUUGUCUUAUUUCAGAUGAGGGAAGUUGGAUUGUAAAACCUUUUGUAAAUGUGUAUGGUGAUAUUUGCUCCGCUUUUUGCAAUCUUUGCAUUUGCAACAUGUGGUGGCUAUUCUGGAGGACUGCGUCUCAGCGUGGACUGUGCAAACAAGACACAGAGUGACCUCAGCAUUGACAUAGCCUUUGCAUAUCCAUUCAGGUUGUAUCAAGUGAACUUUGAUGCUCCCACCUGUGAAGGCAAACGGGAAAAACUCUCGCUAAUAGGAGACUUUUCUUCUUCUGCGGAAUUCUUUGUCACUAUUGCCGUCUUUGCUUUCCUGUACUCGUUGGCGGCCACAGUGGUUUACAUUUUCUUCCAGAACAAAUACCGUGAAAACAACAGGGGCCCUCUGAUUGAUUUCAUUGUGACAGUGGUGUUUUCAUUCCUAUGGCUGGUGGGUUCCUCUGCAUGGGCUAAAGGACUAUCUGAUGUGAAAGUUGCUACAGAUCCUGGUGAAGUCCUCUUACUGAUGUCAGCUUGCAAGCAGCAGUCCAAUAAGUGCUUGCCUGUGGGCAGUCCUGUUAUGUCAAGCUUGAAUACGUCAGUCGUGUUUGGAUUCUUGAACUUUAUUCUCUGGGCCGGAAACAUUUGGUUUGUUUUUAAGGAAACUGGUUGGCACUCCUCAGGCACGAGGUACCCUCCAGACACCGCACAGAAGCAAUCCAGCAGCUAUAACCAAGGUGGUUACAAUCAAGAGAGCUAUGGGCCAAGUGGCGGCUAUAACCAACAGGGGAGCAGCUUUGGCCAAGUGGAUGAGUUUGGCCAGCCGCAACAGAGUGGGCCAACUUCCUUUGCCAAUCAAAUCUAGCACAAGCAAAGUUUCGAGAGUUCUUGAGCGUUAACUAUGGAAAGUUCAGACACAGUGGCAGGUGGCAGCUUUCUGAGGUUUUUAGAUAAAAAUCAGAGGUCUACGGGUAUCAACCUAGGAAGGUGGGUUGGGGUCCAUGUUUGUUUCUAUAUGAUGCAUCUCCUCCUUGUGAAUAGAUGACUGAUGAUAUAUUCAUCACAGGUGGUGAAUUGGAGUAAAUAAUUGUUGUACGUACUGUAUAGAUACCUUUUCAGUAGUUUUGUUAUGUGUAUGGUAGCAGCAUUUUGUAGCCUUGAGCCUUGCAGUAUAUAUUAUGCAUAAGAGAAUAAAUUAAGAUUAGAUUUUAUUCUGCAUUUGGGUGAAAACAAAAUCUGUUUCCAUAUAAUUUCUGAAGAUUACGCUAUAUAAUGCAUGCACUGCAGCUCCUAGGUUUCCAGCAUUGCCUAUCUAUACCUGUUAAUUUGUCCUAUUUUAUUAAUUUUCCCUGUUUGGAAUAUGAGAAUUUUACCUUUCUUUCUGAUUAGCAAAUUUGCAGUGUGUCUUAGUGCAUGAAGCUACACAGUUUAGAACAACAGUAUGGAUUGUAUAAAUUGAUUUUUUCAGUAUCACAAUUAUUCUUUUUAACUGGUUUAUUUGUUUAAUAUAACAUUUUAGAUAAAGGUACUUAUGUAGGUCUAUUUUAUAUAUUUUGCAAAGUUGGAUCAAAUGGCUUAUCCAAAUCCUGAAUGCUGCAUAUAACUAAAAGUUCUCCUUAAAAGGGCAUUCAGAAAUAUCUGCUGUAAACUGAUCCUUUUUUCUGUUUAAUCAAGCUCAAUAUUCCUUCUAUGGAUCCGUAUUUCUAUUGAUGUUUUGUGACUCUUUGAACGUGAGCUAUGUACUAUAAGGACCAAGUAACUGUGUUUACAUGUUUACAAAGAUAUUUAUUUAAUCAAGGUAUCAGAGGUGCAGAUAUCAGUAAAUGAAACUAUGGGGGGGCGAAAUACCACAUUGACAGUGUGACAUGGGAUGUAGAGUUCUUGAAAAUACUAUAAAAGAAUAGCUUUUCCUAUAUUGCCACUGAUGAAGAAGAAUGUUGUUCUCUGUGUGUCGUUUCGAAGUUGUUCAGCGGCUGUUCAGGACAGUCAUUGUAAUGACUACAGGAUUUGGUGCUAUCUGUAAGUAGAAGGGGAAUGUUCAAUAGAAGAUCUUAACAAUCAAGCUUGCAGGGUCAGCUCCUUAGUAGCAGGGGGCAUCACUAACACAGAAGUCCUGCUGAUCUCAAAUCUUGCUUCAUCUUUUCAUGGAGAAUACUCCAUUCAGUUACCGUUCUCCAUGUAGUUAUUGUUCCCUUUACCUUCAUGGCAAGAGAACAUGACCUGCUGCUGCUAGAUGAGUAUUUUUGUUCUCUUUAUCCUCCAGCAACCCAUAGAACUGCACAUACUUAGCACCAAACUCCAACUACUAGAUAGAAAUCAAAUCUGAGCCAUCUCUCCUGUACUGUAAGGGAAGCCUGGGCUUUACUUUCACUGUUUUUGAGCCCAAUUCCAAGGUGCUUCCCAAGGAACUGUGUCUAAUAAAUUUGGCAGAGCAUUUCCUAAAUAGUUAGAUUACAAAUGGCUCCAGUGGUCACCAGUGCAUGACUAGAAGCACAUAUGUAAUGGAGGGAUGAGCUGGGACCAGAAGGGAGUCAAGGACAGAACCUUGAACAUUAUUUCUUUGAGUGAUUCAUCCCUGCAGUGAGAAAAGACUUACAACUGCUAAUCUAGAACCCAUUCAAGACUGUGCAGCCAAAAAUAUAAAAUCAUCUUAGCCUUCCCUUUUCUUACUCAAUUUGCAGCCUACAGAAGAACACACCAUAAAAAAAUCUGAACAUCUGCAUUUCUAAAUAAAAGUGUAUUUGUCUAUAAUAUCAUUGUAUGAGCUGUAAAUGUGCAAAGCAUCUUUUAGCAUAAAACAGCAUAGUCACUUAAAUGAUUGUUGUAACCAAUGUAUGGCUGCUCAGUGGAUGAAUCAAUAUUGUGAUAUAUCUAUUUGACCCUAAUAAAGAAACGUUUAUUGCA